UAAUCCAUAGUAGUUUGAGUGGCAUCGUUAUUAAGUAGCUGACAGGAAAGCGGAACUAGCUAACUAGCAAGCUAGCAGCGUAUUAGCUAGAAUUAACGAGUUACCUCCGGAUUCUGCCCAGUUUACGUUACUUGAGCAACUUUUCAGACAAUGCCGCAGAAUAUCGAGCUCGGUGCCACAGGAGGAGCCUCCAAACAGGACAGCAGCAACAUGGAAGACAUGACUGUGGAAGAGAUGACCAUGAGGGCCAACCAAGUGACUGACGAGUCACUGGAAAGUACACGGAGGAUGCUGCAGAUGGCAGAGGAGAGCCGACAGACCGGCGUCAACACCAUGGUGAUGUUGGACCAGCAAGGAGAGCAGCUGAAGCGUGUGGAGGAGGGCAUGGACCAGAUCAACCAGGACAUGAGACAGGCUGAGAAAAACCUCACCGAUCUCUCCAAGUGUUGUGGCCUCUGUGUCUGCCCCUGUGACAGGGUGACAUCCAUUGAGCACGACUCACGAUACAAGCGUACCUGGGGUAUCGGAGGAGGAGAUGGCGAAGGCGACGCUAGUGGAUCAAAUGUAGUCUCAAAGCAGCCCUCAGGUGUUCGCAACGGCCAGGCUGCCCAGAUGAACGCCUCCGCACCUUCAGGCCCAUACAUCAAGAGAAUAACCAACGACGCACGUGAGGAUGAGAUGGAGGAGAAUCUUGAUGCAGUCGGCAGCAUAAUUGGCAACUUGAAAACUAUGGCUCUGGACAUGGGCAGCGAGAUGGACAAGCAAAAUAAACAGAUUGACCGUAUCACUGAAAAGGCUGACAUGAACAAGGUUCGCGUUGAUGAAGCGAACCAGAGAGCCAACAAGCUCAUCAAAUAGACAAGGAAACAAGCUUCUGCCAAUUUCAUCUAUCAACCUUGAGCCUCUGUCGCCACACACACACACACACACACACACACACACACAUACACACACACACACACACACACACACACACACACACACACACUGCAUAAUUGCGCAUAUGCACAAACACACACCCUUUGACAACAUUAAAAAAAAAAAUCCCCUCUGGGAGAAUGUUUUUGCCAGCAUUGUGCCUGCCUGUAGCGAUGUCAAUAGAAUACACAAACAUUUAUACAUUUUAUAAAUUGGCCACCACCUCAUAGUCAUGCUGGACUUGGAGAAGCAAUGGGGGCAUCAGAAACUGCACCAAAGAGCAAGUGACUGACUGCCUAUCACUACUGUUUAAUACCAAAUAUGCACCGGACCUGUUGUAUCAUAUCGCGACACUCACAGGAAGGGAAGUAGCACAGGUCAGCUGCUCUUCUUUAUUUUUUCCCUGUUCGCCUUUCUCUUAAAGUCAAGAACUAUGAACUGCCUCCGUCUGGGUGUGCAUCUCUGGUAAUGUAUGGAUGAGGUCAAUGAUCUAUGGUCUUUUAGUGAUAUCCAGCACACCAUUAAUUUAUGUAUCAGCACCCCUGUUGGUCUCGUCUUGAUAGAGUUGCAUCUAGUUUAAUCAUAAAACAUAGUCCAUGGUCUGAAACAAAGGCAUCUUUUUCAAAUCCUUACUGGUUCAAUGUGUAAUUAAGUUUAUUGUAUCGUGUAUUAUUUUGAAAUAUUAUGCUUAUUUAAUUAUUCUUUAUCAAGCAGAAAUGACUUGGGAAUAAAGUUGUCUUUUUUUUUUUUAACACUUUGUUCCCAUGUCAUUUAUGCCAUUUCAGAUGUAAAAGCUAUUUCAAAAAAUAUCAAAUGUUGUGCUUUAGAGUGAGUCAUGGAAAAUCCUUAUAAUGUUGGAUUUUAAAGCACCUUCCCCUGAAUGAGAGCAAUUUAAUGUUAUUUCUUUUAUUUUUCUGACUGAUGGGAAGUCAAGGUUAUUGUAACUGUUUGCAAGAAUAUGGAAAGGCGCUGACCUGGUGUUGGAAACCUAAAAAAUAGCAAUCACUUUUCCUUCAAAUGUGAAGGAAGGUCAGUAAGCAUCAUGAGUAAUGAUCAUCAUUACCUCCUCCAAAGCAUCUAGUUAACAACCCUGAAUAUGGGAACCGUAACAAUGGUUGAAUAACAGUAGAUUUGUCAUCAGAGGAUCAACUACUGUCCUUCAGAUCACUUGAGAUCUUUCUCUCUGAUCGCAGUGUUGAUGUAAAUACUGAAACAUACGGUAUCUGUUUAUUAAUUGCCUAUAAUAAUCCUGUUAAUCUAAUGUCAUUCCUCUUUUUUCGUUACCUCCUGGUUAAUACGGAUUUAUAGCACCCAAGAGGAGAUUUAACAGCCUGUGCAGGGUUCCUACACAAGCCUGGUAAUGUGUGGAAAAUUAAUUUCCUCAGGUUUAAUAGUUGUCUUUAAAGAAUGAAAACAAAUGUUCCGUCUUUAAACACAUGGCUAUGCAUUGUUAAAUCCACUAUACUCUUCUCAUAUUAGCUCACUAGGCCAUUGUCAUUAUGGCAUAUGCAGCGGUUUUAUUAUAAUGAAAAUGACAUAGAACUGUAAAAGUAAUAGAAAAGGAGCCUGGAAAAUCCUGGCAUUUAGAAAUGGGAGAAUGUGCAGGAACCCUGUCAAUUCAUAGUAGAUGUUCCAUGGUUGUGUUGUAGCAGCCGCUGUAUCACAAACAGUUCCUUUUGCACCUGUUCUGUAAAAGGCCAGAGCAGAGCUACAGUAAAAUGAUCAUAUCUGAUGAUGGAAAGCAUAUUUUUGUCUUGUCAAGGGUGUAGCCAGGCUGAGAAACUACUGCUGGCAGCAAGAUGCGAAAAUAUACAUUUAAAUGAAUGUUGUUUAAGGGGUAAAUGUGGAAGCAGAAUAAGUCCUGGCGGGCUCUGUUAAGGCCUUGCUGUGGAAAAUUGGCUGGUGAUAAACUAAUACAAUAUGCUGAAAAUAUCUCUCGUAUUCAUCUUCUGUCUUAUUUGUUUUGAAGAAAAAUGAUCAUUUGUAUGCUCUGCUGCAGGCAUACACCUAUUGAGUUUGUAGAGAUUGAAAUGAGCUGUUAUUCAGGGCUUUGUGUUACUAUAAGUGAUCAUCCUCAGCGUGUUACUUGUCAGCUGAGAUCUAAUUAGUCUAGCCUAAAGCUGCCUCGCUGUCUUGAGGCUGUUUAUUCCUUGUUUUACCAACAGCCACUGGAAUGUAAAUACAACAGUUCUGUUUGUUUUGAAUAUGUUCAUAUGCAGCUCGUUUUAUGUGAAAUUAGCUCAGUGAACAGAUGACUUUUCAACAAAGUAAAAAUGCAUUUUGUUUCAGGCCUGACUCUGUUAAAUUGUUUGUACUCAAUAAAUCUAUUCUCGAAU